GCGGCCAUCUGUGCAGGGCUCGGCGCUGUUGAAAUUCUCAGGUUACGUUUCCUGCAGGCUUUAUUAGCUGGUUUCACCUCAGAGCAGCUCUCUUUACCUCCCUGGCACCAACAUGAAGCUUCCAGUGGCCAUUCUUGCGGUUUUUGCAUCGAUAACUGUCACUAUUGACGCUGCUGUCUACUUCAAGGAGCAGUUUCUGGAUGGAGACGGAUGGAGCAGCCGGUGGGCCGAGUCGAAGCACAAGUCGGACUACGGUCAGUGGAAACUGACAGCUGGAAAGUUCUACGGGGAUGCUGAGGCUGAUAAAGGUAUCCAGACAAGCCAGGACGCCCGCUUUUACGCCCUCUCGGCCCGCUUUGAGCCAUUUAGCAAUGAGGGAAAGCCCCUGGUUAUCCAGUUUACCAUCAAGCACGAGCAGAAGAUUGACUGCGGAGGCGGCUAUGUCAAGAUCUUCCCCUCUGACCUCGACCAGAGCGACAUGCAUGGAGACUCACAGUAUUACAUCAUGUUUGGCCCUGACAUCUGUGGUUACAGCACAAAGAAGGUUCAUGUGAUUUUCAACUACAAGGGACAGAACCACCUCAUCAAGAAAGACAUCAAAUGCAAGGAUGAUGAGCUGACCCACCUGUACACACUGAUCCUGAAUCCAGACCAGACGUACGAAGUUAAGAUCAACAAUGAGAAGGUGGAGUCAGGUUCCCUGGAGGACGACUGGGACAUGCUGCCCCCGAAGAAGAUCAAGGACCCCGAGGCCAAGAAACCCAGUGACUGGGACGACAGGGCCAAGAUUGACGACCCCAACGACACAAAGCCUGAGGACUGGGAAAAGCCAGAGACCAUCCCUGACCCUGAUGCCAAGAAGCCUGAUGACUGGGACGAGGACAUGGACGGAGAGUGGGAACCUCCCAUGAUCACCAACCCAGAAUAUAAGGGCGAGUGGAAACCCAAGCAGAUUGACAACCCCGAUUACAAGGGAGCCUGGGUGCACCCUGAGAUCGAUAACCCAGAAUACACUCAUGAUGCCACCAUGUACAAGUUUGACAAGAUUGGAGUCCUGGGCCUGGACCUAUGGCAGGUUAAAUCUGGCACCAUCUUUGACAACUUCCUGAUCACUGAUGAUGUCAAAGAAGCAGAGGAGUUCGGAAAGGAAACCUGGGGAGUUACUAAGGGACCAGAGAAGAAGAUGAAGGAGGAGCAGGAGGAUAUGGAAAGGAAACUGAGGGAGGAGGAAGAGAAGAGCAAGAAGAAGGACACUGAGGGUGAGGAAGAGGACGAGGAAGACGGCGAGGAGGACGAGGAGGAGGAAGAGGACGAGGAGACGGAUGAGGACGCUGGGACAGAAGAGGUGGACGACAACGCCAAACAGAAGGAUGAGUUGUAAGGAGAGGAGCUGGUUGGUGGACUGCUGUGUGCUUCUCUCUGCAGGUUCAAGCUAUCGACAGAAAAUCAGCUAAAGCCCUAUGGACUCUGGCCUUUGAUACGGCAUUUAUUCAGGUGCAGGGGCAGGGGAGGGGUGGAAGGUGGGGUCAGGUCAGAUUUAUUUUUUAUUGAUUCCUUUGUUGCUUUUUUAGCCUUCAAAUUAGAGAAGGGAGAAGGGUUUACAUGUUUUUCUUCUGUUUGUGCGUCUGCUUCGGUUGAGAAUUUUCUAAUUUAAUGUGAUUUACUGAACGUGGUCAGCCCCAUGGUAUGUGUGCAUCCUACAGUUACCCACAGUGCUACUGUUUGGUCCCAUUGUCAUCCAGUUUUUUUUAUUAUUGCCUCUGUUGGGAUGUCAAGUAAAUUAAGUGUCUGUGAUGUCUAGUUCAUGCACUUUUAAUUCUCCUGUGUGAUGUAGUACUGCUCCUUUUGAAUUGACCCCCUUUAUAAUUUAUUCAAUCAUUACAUUAAUUUCCUGAAAACAACAUGAGUCAAAGCUUUGAUUGUUUUUUUUUUUGUUCUUUUAAAAUUUUAUUUUAUUUUUUUGCAUUUGUCCUCCAACUCUGUGUGUGUGUGUGUGUGUGUGUGUGUGUGUGUUUAAGAGUGAGACUGCAUUAGACAAACUGUGAUAUUACAAUCCUCAUUUUCUAAUUGUUCUAAAUAAGUUCCUGUCUCCUGGGUGCACAGUUUGUUUUGUUUAGUUUCAGUGAAUAAAUUGAAGCUUCUCUCAACAAAGUGA